CAGCUGUCGUUCGUGGUUUGACGUUUAUCGCUGGCGCUGUGCUUCCUCUUUUCGUUUGUGACUGAAUCGACGAGAACAUCCAAUAUGGUUAACGUACCGAAGCAGCGCCGCACGUACUGCAAAAAGUGCAAGGUUCACCGUGUACACAAGGUGACACAGUACAAAAAGUCUAAGGAAAGGCAGGCUUCCCAGGGUCGUCGUCGUUACGACCGUAAACAGAAAGGUUUCGGUGGUCAAACUAAGCCCAUCUUCCGAAAGAAGGCUAAGACCACCAAGAAAAUCGUACUGCGUAUGGAAUGUGUCGAGUGUAAGUACCGCAAACAGACCCCGCUGAAGCGUUGCAAACAUUUCGAGCUCGGUGGCGACAAGAAGCGCAAGGGACAGAUGAUCCAGUUCUAAGUGUUGACCCUGGAAUGUGCAUUUGUUUGUGCGAAAAUCAUCCGGAAUAAAGUUUCAUCCCUUUCC